AUGUGUAAUUUUGAGUUGGCUAAACUUCAUACCAACCGGUUAAUGCAAAUGAAUGCCCUUGAAGAACUUAGAAAUGAAGCCUACACAAAUUCCUUGAUUUACAAAGAGAAGACUAAGAAUUGGCAUGACAAAAGACUAAAGGGUAAUAAGGACUUUCAUGAAGGACAAAAGGUGUUACUCUUUAAUUCAAGAUUAAAGCUUUUCCCGGCCAUUGAGCUUAUCUCAAAAGAUGGAACCCCUUUCAAGGUUAAUGGGCAUAGGGUGAAGAAAUAUGAAGAAGGAAUCCCAAAAGAUGAAGGACUUGAAGAAGGGAUGCAUUUGGAAGAAAGCACUGAAACGAUUUGCUUUUAUCAAUCUUCUUUUGUGAUUAAAAUGAUUGCUUGA